UCCGCACAACACACACAAGCUCAUCCAUCCAUUAUCCAUCCUUCCAGGCAAGAGCAGAGAAGCAAGCAUACGGUGCUAGCUGCGAGCACAAGAAGCAGGCGGCAAUGGCGAGGCAUCGCCUCCUUGCCGUGCUCCUCGUCGGGGUAGUGGCAGCCUCCGCUUUUCACCAAGCGGCCGCCGCUGGCCGAGGCCUUGCUGAUGUCGAGAAGCUCCCGGAGCCUGAGCCUAAACCUAUGCCAUACCCAGAGCCAAAGCCCGAACCCAAACCGGAGCCAAUGCCGAAGCCCAUGCCACAGCCAGAGCCAAAGCCAAAACCAGAACCUAAACCAGAACCUAAACCGGAACCCAAGCCUGAGCCAAUGCCCAAACCUGAGCCGAAACCAGAGCCCAAGCCCGAACCAUUGCCUAAGCCAGAGCCCAAACCUGAACCUAAGCCAGAACCAAAACCCGAACCAUUACCCAAACCUGAACCUAAACCAAUGCCCAAACCUGAACCCAAGCCUGAACCACUGCCUAAGCCAGAGCCAAAACCGGAACCCAAGCCUGAACCUAAACCUGAGCCAAAGCCCAAACCGGAGCCCAAACCGGAACCUAAGCCAGAGCCAAAACCAGAGCCUAAGCCUGAACCAAUGCCUAAACCCGAGCCUAAACCCGAGCCUAAGCCCGAACCCAAACCUAUGCCAGAGCCCAAGCCUGAACCCAAACCUAUGCCAGAGCCUAAGCCGGAACCAAUGCCUAAACCAGAGCCCAAACCCGAGCCUAAGCCCGAGCCCAAGCCUGAACCCAAACCUAAGCCAGAGCCUAAACCGGAGCCUAAGCCUGAACCAAUGCCUAAGCCUGAGCCCAAACCGGAGCCAAAGCCGGAACCAAUGCCUAAGCCUGAGCCCAAACCGGAGCCAAAGCCGAAACCAAUGCCUAAACCUGAACCAAAGCCAGAGCCCAAGCCUGAACCCAAACCGGAGCCGCCACCAAAGGGAAAACCACCGUCAACUGACAUUUGAUAGAUUACAUGUUGUCCGAGUGUGGAGCUAGCUUAUGGAUCGUCACAACAUGCUAUUCCUGGAAUAAGUGGCGCCAUUACAUCAUAUCAUCGUAUCCCGAUAUCUAGAUAGUGAAGAUAUGAAUCUUUUUGUAUUUCAUGUACUCCAGUCCGAUCCUCUUAUCUUUUAUCCAUGUAUCCACGAUGAGUGUAGCGACUUCUUUGAUUAUUUUUUACCUGUUCGAUUGUUCAUGUUUAUCGAUGGAUGUGACUCGCCAUACUUCUUAUGUAUGUAUGUGCAUGGACUGUUUAUAAUAAUGGGACAUUUUCUCUA